GUUCGUACGAGUCGCUAUUGAAAAUGGCAGUGAUAUUUAUUAUUUUUAAAAUUCUUAUGUUAAGCUUAUCAAAUUGUUUUGCUGAAGAAAUAAACUUGUAUGGAGAUGCUGGGGAAGCAUAUGCUAUAGACAUUUAUCUCGGACAUCCACAUCAAAAGUUUAAAUUAUUAGUUGACACAGGGAGUACAACUCUAGCCAUAGCUGCUUAUGCAAGAGAAGACAGCAAUAUAUAUUUUCAUUCGGAUAAUUCAAGCAGUCUAUAUAACAGUGGACAUAAGAUACAAGCCGCAUACACACAAGGCAAUUGGACAGGACUCUUAGCGUCAGACUUUAUUCAGUUUCCUUCCCUCAAUGGUUUACCAGAAGUGUGCACAGACUUUGCACUCAUUACAGAAAGUCAUGAUUUCUUCACUAAAGCCUCUGCAUGGCAGGGUCUCCUUGGUCUUGCAUAUAUGCCAGUUGGAGCGUGGGGUGAAGCCGGUUCAGUAGAAUCCUGGCUGGAUGCAGUUGACCGUAAUUUGAAUAGGCCAGUGUCGUUCUAUUUAAAACUAUGUGGACCAGUAAGCGCAACAAAUACAACACAUUAUGGAUAUUUCAAUGUUGUUGAUGACCACACACGAAAUUAUAAUCGUAAUAAAACAUUUCGUACACCGGUGUUGCGCAAACGAUGGUAUGAAGUAGGUGUCAUAGCUAUCAGAGUUAUGAGUACGAAGAGUAAUGAAACUAAUGAGGUCCACGUUCAAGAUGAAGUGAGGGACCCCGAUGAAGAAAUGUGCGUUAAACUGAACGCAGUCAAAAGCAUUGUGGAUAGUGGAACAACUCAAAUAAAGCUGCCUGAUAAGUUGUUUAGACAGGUUGUUGAUGAGCUCAAGGACGAAUUUCGAAAAUCUGAAGUAAUAUUGGAUGAAUUUUGGAAUGGAAGAGAGGCUGCCUGCUGGCCGGAGCCUCAGGUGUGGUCCUUGCCCUGGUUGGCGAUAGACCUUCUUAGUGCCGAUGCUGAUAAUCAGUAUUUCACGUUGGAAAUUCCACCGCAGAAUUACAUGCUUGUCGUGGGCGUUCACAACAGCAGCAACACAACUGGGACCGUGUCUACAUAUUGCUAUAAACUGGGAUUGGAAGCGGGAGGCACGGAAACUGUCAUCGGAUACAUUGCUAUGGAAGGAUUGCAGGUCCUAUUCAAUAGAUCGGCCGGUUGGAUUGGUUUCCAAUCAUCAGAAUGCGGCUCAAACGCUCGUAUCACGGGUCCUUACAACGCUUCUGAGUCACUUUUAUCGAGUUGUCAACUAAUAAGGCCGGUUGCAGACGUAUAUAUGACUAUCAAAGCUGCCCAGUGGUCAUUGUGUGGAGUAUUUAUUAUAGCAACAAGUGUAAUAAUAUAUUUACUAGCGCCUACUUUAAAAUCCCUAUGUGACAGAAAAGUUCGAAGGCUACAACAAAUAUCUCUGUCACAAACAGCCUUAGUUGAACAAGAAUCUGAGUAGAGAGGAUUGACUGAAUUUAUUCUAGUUCUGGUCUUAGUCAAUAACGUCAAAAUCUAGAUAUUUUAUUUCUAUAUUUAAACUGCAACAUAAGGCGUUUUGAUUCUGAUCUCAAAGAAAAAAAAAAUAGUAUUUAACAUAAACUGGAGGGAUAUUUUUAUUUUAAACCUUCUCAUUUAGACAAAAAACUCUUAUGUAAUAAUAUAUUUAUAGGUUAAUAGUGACUUAACAUAUUUGGUAGGUAUUGUUACGGUCGCAUACUGAAACGCUACUUAAAAGAGAGACAUCUCAAACAUCAUUCUAUAUCUGUCGCAACUUACGUAAAUGGUCACAGAAAGACUUUUAAACUAACAGAACGACUUUUAGAACUUAUAAGUAAGCGUUUCAGUAGUUUCAGUUUCCUUGUACCUUACUCAUGUCUUUGAAAGUGUGAUUUUCUCAUUGUGAGGCGUCGAGUCCACCAAAUCGAAGCGGAGCUGAGAAGUAGGUAUAUAAAGAACCAAUAGAAUUUUGUUACUCGAACAUAUGGAAUAAUACUAUUACUUGCUUAAAAACUUCUCCGCUCCGUUCCGGUUUGAUGGAGUCUAAAUCUUAGAAUAUUAUUAUAAUAAGUAGGUACCUAAUUAAUCUUUUUCGUUCUCAAAGUCAAAAAGUGUGAACAAUUAAUACUAGAGGUAUAUUCAGGGAAUAUAAAGCAGUGUUCAUCGAACAAUACAAAACUGUAUAUUCAAAAUAGUCCUUAGGAUGUAAUUAAUUAUUGGAUUUGCACUGUAAAUAUUUUUAAAAUUACCAAUACCAAAAUUCAAAAAAAAUUGUGUGAUACAAUGUAAAUACUCGAUUAGGCAUUCUGGUUUUUUAAUCUAGUUAUAAUUUACUCUAAAAGAGUAGUAUUUUAUUUUUGUAAGUGAUAAGUAGAUAAUGUAUUUAUUACCUAGGUGUAUAUUUUAUAAUUUCAACGAAUUACUCGUAUUGUGAAUACAAGCUGUUGAUUUGCAUCUGUGCAAAAUUCAAGGAGGUUGACAUAAAUACGUAAUCAAUUGAAAGUAUGGUAUGCGGGAAAUAGCUGAUAUGUGCCGGUUUUUUUUUGUUCUUGCUAUUUAAUAAUAUUUCUGAAUUAACCCAAUUUUAUGAAUGCAAUGAUUGAUGCUCGUUGCGUAUGCUUUGUGUUUGCGUUUGUGUGAGGGCGCAGUGCAGUUUUAAAGCCAGUAACACACGCGCCGAGUUUAAUUACGGCUAGGUGACACUGACGGAUUUCCGUAAACAUAAUUUAAAAAAAAAUACGUACCAUAUUAAGUGUCGAUUUGCACGGAUGAAAAUCAACAGCUUGUAUUAGUAUCAAGGCUGACUUGCACCAUCGCUCCAUAAAUAAAAAUAUAAUGUGUUCUGUAUAAUUUGUUUCAAAACGAUGAAGGUAGAAUUUUCUGUACUGGUAAUACAAAGCUAAAAAGUUGGUUUGAACGCGAUAGACUCAGGAACUACUGGACUGAUUUGGAAAAUUCUAAUGCGUUAGGUAGAAUUGUGUCGAGGAAGGAUUUUUAUCCGGGUGCGACGAGUAGGUAGUUCCUACCACACAGAUGGCGGUAGCUAGUUGACCUAUAAAAAUAUUUGGGAGUAGUGCAAGCAAGCCUUAGUCUACUUGUAAAGUAAAUAUCUUUAAAAUCAUUCUACUUUCGGGGCUACACGGUUCUAUCGAUAUUUGUAGUUUCUAAACAGCAUUGCUAUUAAACAUGGAAACUUCGUACUACUAUAUAAAUAUUAUCUAGAUAUAAAUUGUUCUAGAACAAUUAAGCCUAGCGUGGUCGUUAUCGUAACGUUAAAUUAACUGUACUCGAAUGGAAAACACUCUUUACUAUACAUAAUUGAUGUUCCACAUGAUGUAAGGAAUUUACAGAUCUAUCAGUUUAUUUGACGUCUCGAUAAUAAAGGUACGUAAGGUAUUAUAUAUUAGGUAUUUAUGCUAGACUUGUUUCAAAUCAUUGAUGUUAAUGCUUAUCAAAAAUCCAAUAUUAAAAAAUUGAUCUCAAUUUCACAAAAUUAUAUUUUGUUAACGUAAAA